AUGCCCACCGGCCCUUAUGCCACCACCGAGGAGUUCGUCUCCCAAUUCCUCGAACAGACCUCGCGGCAAAACCCGGGAUGGUUCACCUUUGCCGUCAUCGACCUCACCCGCCCCGCCUCCCCCGAGGAUGAGGAAGGGGAGCUAGCAGGCAUGAUGUCCUUUAUGGACACCUCCCCCGUCCACCUCUCCACCGAGAUCGGGUGCAUCGUUAUUUUUCCCGAGUAUCAACGCACCCACGUCACUACCAAUGCUGUCGGGUUAAUGCUGCGCUAUGCCCUCGACAGCCCGGAACAGGGCGGGAUAGGGUUGAGGAGGGUGCAGUGGAAGACCAGCUCGGCAAACGCCGCUUCUGCCCGCACCGCGGAGAGGCUGGGCUUCCGACACGAGGGUGUUUUGAGGUGGCACAUGGUUUUUAGGGGAGGGGAUGGGAAGCACAAGGUUCGGAAUGGGAAGGCGCUGCCUAGGGAUAGUCCGGCGGGAGACUACGGAAGGGAUACUGUUAUUUUGGGGCUUUGUUGGGAUGAUUGGGAGGGUGGUGCGAGAGAAAAGGUUGGGGGGUUGAUGGCGAGACGGGGGUGA